UUGUAUCAGAUGGCGCCACUCUAGCGCCUGGUGCAAACUUUUUUUUUUCUUCCCGGAGUAGCGGAGUUUGUCGGCCCGGUCGGAGUGUUUGACAUCUGACCUCGCGUGAUGAUUAGAUUAGUUAUUAUUAGUUGUCGCGCGAUUAGAUCGUCUAGUUUGUAGGAAUCGACUGAAAUUUUGUUAUUAUGGCUUCCUUGGUUGCGGAUUACGGGACCUCCUCCGGUUCUGACAGCGAGACGAACGGUGACGUUUCGGAUGAUGAUGCCUUUAAGGGUGCGGACAAGGCGGAGUCGGAGGAGGAUGAAGAAGAAGAAGAAGAAGAAGAAGAAGAUGAUGAUGAUGAUGAUGAUAACGAUGAGAAUAGCAACGCGCACAAUGACGAGAACGGACACGUGAGAAUAAACGAAACAGCAGCUUCCAGAGAAAAGCUUCCAUUGCCUACCCCAGAUUUUAAUAGCGCUCCAUUGUUGAGAACUUCAGUGUUCUCGAAUCCGUUUGUUGAAGCGGAGCGGGCGAAGAGCGCGAUUCUGGAAAAGCACGUGAAGAUGACGCCCACGUUGGACGAUACAAAGAUGAUAAACGGCCGCAAGAUCUGCUGGAAUUAUCGGAAGGGCCGCUGCCGAUUCGGUCACAACUGCACCUUUGCCCACGACUCGGAUCUGCAUCGUACCGCGGCUGAAUUAGAAGCACUGCGGACUCCGCAGGAGACGCUGGUCUGUCAGACUCGAUACAGCAAUGGACAGCAACAGCAGACAUCACCUGUCACGAACGAUGAAGAGAACGAGGUAGAUCAGGAGAACAAUCAGACUGCGAACAGAAAACGCAAGAAGAGGCCAGGCUUGAGCCAAUUGUUGCUUCCGAGUAAGAGAGUCUUUAAGCUGUACAAAGCGCAACAACAACAGCAACAACAAACCAAAACUAGAUGAAUAACGUUCGUUCAUUUGGUAUAGCGAUAAGAAAUGAAACUCUGUCUUCUAGCCAAGUCCGUUACACCUCCUAUGUGAGAACAUAGAAUCGAAAAAUACGCGCAAUGAGCGAUUUCGUGGAAAAAAGAAUUGCAGCGCAAAAUAAAUUGAACGAAUUUUGUAGAAGCUUUUAAUGGUGAAAAUGGUAAGAAAAUUGUAAGAAGAGAAUUCUGAAAGACGAAAAUGUGAAACAAUUAUAAGAGAAAAAUUGCGAAUAAUUUUUGAUUCGUUCUCGUGUUACGCAUAUUCGAAUUUCCAUCUUUUGUCCCACACAAUAUAAUGGAACCCAUUAUUGUCUGGUAAUGGAACUAACAAAAUCUCAAGAUUUAGAUUAACAUUAUUAAUUAAAUGAACAAAAGCGAUAUAGAUAUAAAAAAAAUUACGAUUUAUGCUUCCAAUGCGAAUCUAAUCUGCGAUGUGUAGGAUAGGAUUGUUUGAGAAAUUUUUGUUAUCAUAAAUCUACGAAAGACUAUUCCAUAUACAAAGCGUACGCAGCUUAUGAUUUGUCUCUCGUACACGACGCAUAAAAUGUCUUCUUGUUAUACCGUGUUUUCCUAUAUAUUUAUCAUGAUUAACUAUUUUAUUGUUUACUAGAUAUAUUAAUUAGAAUUGUUUGUAUGUAAAGAAAACCAAAUAAUACUUUACAAUAAAUUCGAUACACAGUGUAUCGUUAUACUAUAUAUUCCAAAUUCCAUUCGACGAUUUGGAAAUAAAUCUUUAUAUGUAUCAGAUGACGAUACUUCCAUACGUUUCUGUGAACUUUAUGAUUAAGCAAAGCGUAAUUGUUUGGUUCGAUUGUAUCUGUUUUUAUAAAGAAACAGAUUUUUUUGGAAUUUCUUAUGCUACAAUCAAAUGAAAUAAAUUCGAUACUCGGUCAGAUUUAAUUGCAACUUCUAGACGUCAGAAGAAUGAUCGAAAAGUCAUUUACUAAUAUAUACUAAUCUGUUAAUGAAGAAUUAAUUAAUUGAUUAUAUGGUAAUAGGGGAAUAUAACGAAACAUCAUUAACAAAUUAAAAACUUAGUCAAUUUUAUGCAGUUUGAGCGGUUGAAUACAGUGAUUUUAAAACACUAAUUAUCUGUUAAAGAGAAAACAAUAAUUAUAUUGUUAAGUCAAUAUAGAAGAAUCAAUGGAAACCCAAAAAUUUAUCUAUAUAAUGUGACUUGAAAGAGGCUUCGAGAAAUCUGAGGAUUUCUAAAAAGUUGCCAAUAAAAUCAGCUAUGCUGAAAUAUUGUCU